GCACCACAUUCCUUUCUUCUCUUCUUCCCGCUCCCCAAUAACCUCCUGCCCCCGCUUCGGAUCGAUCCCACCACGCCAUUUCCCCACCCGAUGACGCAGACUCCAGCCACCCAUCCCGCCACCACCGCGCCGGCGCCAGCGCCUCCUCCCACCGAGGCCGCCGGGCUGUCCGACGCCAUCGCGGCCGCGCUGCCUUCGGACCCGUACGAGCAGCUGGAGGUGGCCCGCAAGAUCACCGCCGUGGCCGUGGCCGCACGCGCCUCCCGCCUGGAGCACGAGGCCGCGCGCCUCCGCCAGAAGCUGGCCGACAAGGACCGCGUCGCCGCCGAGCUCGCCGAGAGGGCCGACGCGCUCGACCGGGCACUCCGCGACGCCGACGCCCGUCUCUGCGCCGUCCUCGACGACAACGCUAAGCUGGUGAAGGAGAGGGACUCGCUCGCCCAGACGUCCAAGAAGCUGGCCAGGGACCUCGCCAAGCUGGAGACAUUCAAGAGGCACCUAAUGCAGUCGCUGGGGGACGAGAAUUCUUCAAGUCAAGAAACAGUAGACAUCAGAACCUGCGAUGCCAAAGGAAAUUCUUGGAGAGAGGGAUCGGCGAAGAGCGUCUCCACCGCCCGAGCCGACGGAUCUUCCGAAGCCGAAAGCGUGAACCAGGAAGCGGUAGCAAGGCCAUUGGAGCAGAAGCUUACCAUCACGCACAUGACUCCACGCCUGGCCUCCGACCCUGAACCGAAGCUGAGAUCCUCUGCCGCUUCCGCUAGGAGGUACUCCACCGCCGUGUCCCCGAAGCUGACGUCCGGGGCCGUUUCCCCGAGACGGUACUCGACGGCCGUGUCGCCUCGACCCACGUCAGCCGGCGCCGUUUCCCCGAGACGGUACUCGACGGCCGUGUCGCCUCGACCCACGUCAGCCGGCGCCGAGAUCGCCAGUUCGCCGCGACUCGAAGGCCAUAUGGCAAUGUCGGCGUGGAUACCCUCGAGCAAGAUGUCCUCUGCGGCCAAUUCGCCCCCUCGUGGACACUCAAUCUCAGGGCGCACAACAAGAGUAGAUGGCAAGGAGUUCUUUCGGCAAGCAAGGAGUCGUCUCUCGUACGAACAGUUUGCUGCUUUCCUCGCCAACAUCAAGGAGCUCAACGCUCACAGGCAAUCCCAAGUGGAAACCCUCGAGAAAGCGGACCAGAUCUUCGGCGCAGAGAACAAGGACCUCUUCGUGUCAUUUCAGGGCCUGCUUAGCCGUAGCCUCACGUAGUAGCACGCCAGUUGCCGCAAUUUUACUACUCUCCAGGCAUUGCAUUGUUCUCCAUCUGCUAGUACAGCUGAUCAUGAACAGAGAACCAGGCAAGUAAUGCAGUGGAGAAAACUACGGUUAUGUGCACUUUGUAUGCAGAAUAAUCACCUGUCCAAUUGUCCAUGGCAAAAGAAAAGAAUAAUCAUAUGUUGACCAUACAAAAACUGGAGACGUCAAACAUAAACCUUCUGCAU